AAUAUCUAGACAGAAAUCACUAUAUUCUUAUUAAACUAUUAAUGUUAUCUCUAACUACUUGUACAGCCAGCUUCUUUGAGCAUUAACAAACUGCACGUACAGAAACAAAAAGAGAAAUACAAAGCUUUAAAUAUAAAUUAUAAUAUUGUUAUUAUGAUCAUUAUUAUAUAUAAAUAAUUAUUACUUUCCCAAGUGUACUAGUCAUUGAGUCCCUUUUUGGUUGCCUAUUUAAGAAGUUUGCAAUGAGUUUCUCAUACAUACAUGCCAGCACUUCCUGCUUCUCUCUGUCUUAUAUUCAUUCACACGUUUCCACCUCAACUCUUUCUUCUUCUUCUUUAGUCAAAACUCAAACCAACAAGUUGAUAUAUAUCAUUAUCAUCAGUCUUUUCUUGACCGACUUUGAUCAAGAUGUGGGCAUUUCUGAUUGGAGCUUUAGUCACCAUAAGCAUAACACAUUGGGUUUAUAGAUGGAGAAAUCCCAAAUGCCUUAAUGGGAAACUUCCACCAGGUUCAAUGGGAUUGCCACUUCUAGGAGAGACCCUCCAGUUCUUCAGUCCCAACACUUCUUCUGAUAUCCCUCCUUUUAUUAAAAAGAGGAUGAAAAGGUAUGGACCCAUAUUCAAGACCAGUUUGGUUGGAAGACCAGUUGUGGUGUCUACUGACCCAGAUCUUAAUCACUUCAUUUUUCAACAAGAGGGACAUUUGUUUCAGAGUUGGUAUCCAGACACCUUUACUGAAAUCUUUGGAAAGCAAAAUGUUGGUUCUUUGCAUGGGUUCAUGUAUAAGUACCUUAAAAAUAUGGUGCUCAAUCUUUUUGGUCCUGAAAGCCUCAAAAGAAUGCUCACAGAAGUUGAACAAGCAACCAAUGGAAACUUACAGCAUUGGUCAACUCAGAAUAUAGUUGAACUGAAAGAAUCAACUGCAAGGAUGAUAUUUGACUUGACAGCAAAGAAACUGAUCAGUUAUGAUGAAAACAACUCAUCUGAGAAUCUAAGGGAAAACUUUGUUGCUUUCAUUCAAGGAUUGAUCUCUUUUCCUUUAGACAUUCCUGGAACAGCUUAUCACAAAUGCUUACAGGGUAGGAAAAAAGCAAUGAAAAUGCUGAAGAACUUGCUACAAGAAAGGCGGGCAAACCUGAAAAAGGAGCGAAGUGAUUUUUUUGACUAUGUCCUGGAAGAGCUUCAGAAACAAGGAACAUUUCUCACAGAGGAAAUUGCUUUGGAUCUAAUGUUUGUGCUACUCUUUGCCAGCUUUGAAACAACUUCCUUAGCUAUAACUUUAGCUGUUAAGCUACUCACAGACCAUCCAUUAGUGCUGAAGGAGUUAACGGAAGAGCAUGACAGAAUAGUAACCAACAGAGAAAAUGCUGACUCUGGGGUUACAUGGAAAGAAUACAAAUCAAUGACAUUUACAUUUCAGGUCAUUAAUGAAACAGUCAGACUAGCAAAUAUAGUUCCUGGUAUCUUCCGAAAAACACUAAGAGAUAUCCAGUUUAAGGGAUAUACAAUUCCAGCAGAUUGGGCAGUUAUGGUUUGUCCCCCAGCUGUGCAUCUAAACCCUGCAAAAUAUGAAGAUCCUUUGGCUUUCAAUCCUUGGAGAUGGAGGGGGAUUGAAUUAAAUGGUGGUUCUAAACAUUUCAUGGCUUUUGGUGGUGGCAUGAGAUUCUGUGUUGGAACAGAGUUUACUAAGGUCCAAAUGGCAGUAUUUCUCCAUUGCUUGGUUAAAAAGUACAGGUGGAGUCAAAUUGGAGGAGGAAAUAUAGUCCGGACUCCAGGAUUACAAUUCCCAAAUGGUUUCCAAGUCCAAAUCAUGGAGAAAGGCAAUGGAGAAAAGGACACAGCAUAAUUCUCCUACUAGUUCAGUACACCAAUACAUGGACAAGAAAGUUACUUUUAUCAGUGACACAAAAGAUAACACUUUGAGAACCAAGAAGGCUUCCAUUGGAACACAACAAUACAUUGGAACAAUGUACAAAAAGGAUCACUUAUUGUUGUCACCCCGAAAUCAAAGCCGGCCUAUUGUUUUGC